AUGGCUGACGAUAAGCCAAACGAACUUUCAUCACAAUGGCCUAUAUUACUGGAGGCACGGGUGCAGUUAUUGUCAGGUACAUUAAACAGGCUUUCAUUUUUGCGUCGACAAAAAACUGAAACAUCGUCAUCAUCAUCAUCAUUAUCUUCUUUACUUAAAAGAAUAAACUCAACUAUGCAAAAUUGUUUAUCAACAUGUGAUCCUGAAAUAUAUGCUGAGAAAUCAACAUCUCAAAAAAAUUCUGAACCUUGUCCACACUGUUUUGAAUCACCUAAUUCUACUGUGAAGAUUGAAGUAUUUAAUACUACGCGUGGACGACUAAGUAGUGAACCACUUAGUGUACCACUUAGUGUACCUCAUAGUUCAUUACAAUCACAGCGUCAAUCAGAUUCAUCUGAUUAUGCAUCAAUGUUUGGUAAUGGACUUUCACCAUCGACCGAUUAUUGGGCUGUAGGUUUAAAUGAUUUAUCAUCAUCCUCAUCAUUAACAAUUGAUGACAGUUUGAAUGAUCAAGAACAAUCAAUAUGUGAUAUUACUUCAACAAUGGAUGGCUAUAGUGAACAACAAAGUGACGAAGAAGAUAUCGAUGCUGAUGAUUUCGAAGUACUUUCAUUUAGAGCACCACCAGAGAGUACACUUUACAUCAAAGAAUUUACACAUACAACACCAAUUAGUCAGAAUAAUGUCUGUGGAUGUUGUAAUAUUCCAUUUUCAUCAAUAUCAAAUUCACAACCACGUCGUUGUCAUUAUUUUGGUAAAUUAUAUUGUGAUCGAUGUCAUGUUAUAGAUUAUGCACCUAUACCAGCAAAAAUCAUAGAAACAUUUGAUAAACGUUCUUAUCCUGUAUGUCGUCGAGCAAAAUAUAUUCUACAAUCAAAUUUAUAUCAACCAAUAAUUGAUAUACAACAUGAUAAUGAAAAUUUAUAUACAUCACAAUCUAUAUUAUCUGAUUUAAAAGCUGCUCGUUUACAAUUUCAACAUUUACAUGCUUAUUUAUCUACAUGUCCACGUAUUGAAAAUGAAUUCAAUGAAAAAUUUCUUAAAGAUUUUUUUGCACGAGAAUAUCUUUAUCAAAGUGUUCAUUCAUAUUCAUUAGGUGAUUUUUCAUCAUUAAAGGAAAUUCUUGAUAUAUUAAAGCAUGCAAUUAUACAUGCAAAACAACAUAUCAGUCAAUGUAUAUUAUGUCGAGAAAAAGGUUUUACAUGUGAAAUAUGUAAAAAACGAUCAGAUGUAUUAUAUCCAUUUGAUGAUUCAAAAACAAUUGGACGAUGUAACCAAUGUUCAAACAUUUAUCAUAAACAAUGUUGGGAUAAUAUUGAGCAUGAUUGUCCAAAAUGUUAUCGUUUAAUACAAAGAAAAUAUGAACAAAAUAAAGAAUAA